AUGGAAAUGAGUGAGUCCAUUCAGGUGAUCAAUGCUCAUACAGGUGAAUCAGUGGGAAUAAACAGAUACUAUUAUGUUACGCUGGAUGAACUAAGGAAAUUUUGUUCAAAUCAAUUCAAUAUACCUUCAAAUCAAUUGUUUCUUAUAUCACCAUUUGGUUAUAAAAUUAAAAAAACUUCAUCUCUUGAAGAAAUUAAUGAAAUUUAUGUUUAUGAUACAAAUUUAUUUUCAAAUUCAAAUUCAAAUUCACAAUCAUCUGAGUUUAUAAAAUCAUAUAUUUCAUCACAAUUCCCAGAAGUUUUCGAUAAUUUGAUACAACCUAUAAAUUCUCCCCUCUUGGAUGUUGAUUUAAAUAAAAUUUCCAAUGCUAAGAAUUCAAGACAAAUGAUUAGUCUUUUAACUACAAAUUUAGGUUGGGUAGCUGCUAUACAAUCGGAUACAUUACUUUUCCAUAAAAGAAUCAUAGAAUUGAGUGAUAGAAUACGGAUAUUAUUUAAAGCUUUAAGAGUUGCAACUCAAUAUAUUGAUAGUUUUUAUCAUGAAAUUAAAAAAAAUUAUGAUUCAACAUUUGAUUUUGUUAUAUCGUUACAGCAACAAUCUUUAAAUCUGUCAUGGAAAGAUCAUUAUAAAAAAUUGAAAUAUAUUUCAUUAGUUUCAGAUGACCAAACUGCAUUAUCAACUUUAGUUAAUCAAAGGGAAUUGGAUAAUCAGGCUCAUCAAAGUAUAAAAGAGACAAAUAAUGUUACAAAUGAGUUAUUGGGUUUCAAAAACAAUAUUGAAAAUAGUAAAAAUAUAAGAUUAAAUUCAGAAAAAGAAUUAGAUACUAUUGAAACUGAAACAUUAAGACUGAUUACUCAUUUUGAAUCAAUUGACGAAUUAAAAGAUCUUAAUUUAUUAGCAGAUAAAGUUCAAUCUGAUACUAAACAUCUCUUGAGUAAAAAUAAAUCAACUUUAGAUGAUAUUGAUGUUGAAAUAAUAUUGGAAACUUUUCAAACUCAUAAAUCUGAAUUUGUGGAGAAAAUUUAUAAUUCAUCAUUAAACAUUUUUAAGAUAUUUGGGAAUCUUAAAUCUUUAUUCUUGAAGCUUCAAAUUGAUUUAACUAAACAACUGCAAAUAUUAACCACUGCACAAACGGAUUUAAUAUCUGUUAAAGAAUCAUUGAAAAAUAUGAGUAAAAAAAUUGAAACUAUUCAAUCUUUAGAAUCAUCAUUAUCACAAACUGCUGAUUUACCUUUAUUAUAUGGUUUAUACAUUGUUGAAGAUAUACGAAGAUCAGAAUGGUUACAAGAGAUGAAAUCAUUAGCUUCCAAAACAAUUGAAAAUUUUGCAUCUAUAAGAGAACGUGAAGUUAAAUAUAGAACUCAAUGGGUUAAGAAUUUUGGUUCAAUUUUAAAACUUUUAAAUUAUAACAUUUCUUCAUUUAAUAGUGGUAAUAUUGCAACUUUUGAUUUAAAUAUAAAUGAAGAUUCAUCUAUUAAGACUUUAGGAUCGUUCAUUAAAGAAGAUGUCUUAAAUUAUAUUGAUCAAUUAAAGAAUAUUGGUUAUAAUCCAGAUAAUAUCAAUGUUAUAACAAGAGCACUGAAUGAUUUACCACUGAGAAGAUCAAGAAUUAAACUGUCGGAUUCUGGUGGCUUGGAUAAUACACCUUCAGAUCAAGCUAUAAAAGGUUAUAAGGCAAGAAUUAAAAAACUUGAAAGUUUAUUACAUCAAGAACAAUUCAAAAAUUUUAAUCAAUGGCCAUCACAAACAAAUGAUUCAAGACUUUCUGCAUUAUCAAGAUAUUCUCUUGUAUUUGAUAAAUCUCAAAAUAAAUCUCAAUUUAGACCAAAUUCUGGUACCAUUGAACCACAUCAUAUUCCUGGUUCAAGUAAAGUUGUUUCACCAUCAAUUGAAAGAUCGGUUUCUCCACCAAGUGUCAAUUCUCAUAGUGCUGAAUUAAUUACAGCUCGUUCAGAAAACGAAGACUUGAAGAAAAAAAUCCAAAAAAUGAAAGAUACGAUUGAAGCAACAAAUCAAGAGUUAAAAUCUGUUAGAGAUGAAUUUAGUUCACAUUAUUCUGAAAGUCAAGGUCUAAUUAAACAAUUAGAAACUUUAAAAGAUCAACAUUCAGUGGAGCUUUCUUCAUUGAAAACUCAAAUUGAUGAUUUGGAAAACAAAUCAUUUGAAUCUAAAAGAUUAACAACAAAACAGAAAAAUGAUAUUUCUAAGUUGGAAGAAUUAUUAAAUGAAAGAAAUACAUUUAUUGAUGAAUUAAAACAAACAAAUUAUGAGAAGAUUGAAGAAUUGGAAACAAAACUUAAUGACGCUUUGAAUAAAAAAUCAGAUUCUUAUUACGAUCUGGAAAGUGAUUUUGAAAAGUUCAAGACUGAGCAUUAUGAACAAAUCAAAAGUUUAGAGUCACAGGUGAAUCUUAAAUCAUCUGAUCAAUCAGAAUCACAUAAGGAAUUGGAAGAAGCUUAUGAGAAAUUACAAACUGAAUAUAACACAAAAAUUAAAGAUCUUGAAGAUCAACUUCAUUCAAUAAAAGAGGAUAAACAUACAUCAGUUGAAGAUUUGGAAAAUCAAUUUGAAAAACUUGAAACUGAUCAUGACUUUAAAAUAUCAACUUUGAAAACCGAACAUGAAGAAGAAAUUAAACAUCAUAAAUCAUUACUUGAGAAGAAGGGUGAGGAAUUAUCUCAAAAGCAAAUACCUGAUGUUAGUGAAGAGUUGAAGAGACUUAAACAAGAGUUGGAAACCCAAAAAGCUGAAAAUAAUAAAUUACAAGAAGCAUUGAAUUCAAAGGAUAAGGAGAUUGAAGAUUCAAGAUCUGAAAAUGAAGAACAAAAAGUUGUGAUAGCUGAUUUAAAGAGAGAAACAAUUGAAAUUAAAAACCUUACUGAGCAAAAAGAUCAAUUAGUAUUGACAAAUCUUGAUUUGAAUAAAGAAAUUGAUAAAUUCAAGAAUGAUUAUACUUCUUUAGCUUCUAUGAAGAAUGAUUUAUUAGAAAAUAUGUCAAAUCGUGAAAAUGAAUUCGCAAGAGAGAAAAAAUCUCAUCAAGGUGAAAUUGAAAGUCUAAAGAUGAAACUGGAAGAGUUAGAAAAACUUCAAGAUGAAUAUGAAGCAAAACAAUCAUCAAUAAUUAAUGAUAGACAAACAAUUUUACAGUUAGUUAUAAUUAUUAAUUCACUUAUUAUCAAAGCAAAAGAUUUAAGUGAAAUUGUCUACAAUGAUUAUGGAUCAUUUUGUGCAACUUUAAGAUCCAUGGGAUUAUUGGCUGUUAGAAAUGAUAAUGGUGAAGUGAAUAUCAUUAGAGUUAAAGGUUUAAGAAAAUUAGGUGAAACUACAGAUUUUAGUACAACUUUAGAUAGAACAACAAAUGGUAUGAAAUCGGAUUUGGAACAAGAAGCUUUUAAGUUUUUAUCAUGGGUUGAAUUACCUGAUUUGAAAUCUAUUCAAGAUUUAAACUUGGAAAAUGAAGAAGAAUCAAGUUUUGAAUCUUUAGAUUUAGUUGUUGAUAACAUUAUUGAAAAUUAUAAUUUGGAUAAAUUUGAAGAUAAAUAUUUAACAUUUGUUAAUCAUAUAACAAAUCUAUCACCACUAUAUAAAUCAAGUAUCUCUAAAAGAUUUAAAGAAGUUGAAAAUCUGGCAAAGAGAGAAUUGAAAGAGAAUAAAAGAUUCAAAGAAUUACAAAGUACCAAAAUUAGUAUUAGAGAUUUUAAAGUUGAUGAUUUAGUUUUAUUUUUACCAACAAGAUCAACAUUAAACAAUGCUAAUGGACAAUCUCAAACCAAUAAUGCAUGGGCUGCAUUUAAUGAUACUGGUGAUAUGAAAUAUUUACUUAAAAAUGAUUUAAAGAUUCAACCAUCAAGACAAUGGAUAAUUGCCAAAAUUUUACAAAUCGAACAAGCUGAAAAUGAUAAAAAUGAAUAUCAGAUAACUGCAGAAGAAGUUAUUUUAUGA